AUGAUUUGCGAGAAGAGGAGCCUGAGCUCGAUCGAGCUGAGUCGAGCUGAGGAUCGAGCUGAGUCUCGAGCUGAAGAUCAGCCAGGAAGUGCGGAUUUGGGUGAGCCUGAGUGCUAUUACUUUGAGGAGUAUGAGGCUCCAAGGAUGAACCCCUCUGUUGUGGCUGCCACAAGAGGAUUGGACUUCUCCAAAACAAGAAGAAGAAGUCCAAGGCCCCCACAUUCCCUAGGAGUAGAUCACUCCUCACCACUCCAAGGAGGCUCCCUGCCCAAGAGCCUCACAGAGCCUCUUCUUUCGAGCCAAGGGAAGGAGAAGACAACACGCAGAGAAGGAGGAAGACUUCCAAGGCCAGACGCUCCAGCUCGACCACCGGACUCGAUCGAGUCCAAACAGAGGAAACUCAACUCGAUCGAGCUGACGGUCGAGUUGACCUGGAGGAGCCCCAGUUCGAGGAUCCGGGAUUUGAGUACGAUCCCAGCCUUACCAGGACUCCCCAGUAGAUGGAACCCCUAUGGACAGUACGAGCUAGCCAAGCUCCACCAAGGCCAAGGAGCCACACACUUUGAGGAAGAGGAAGAGGAGAGCAAGCUCGAUCGAGUGACGACAGUUGAGUGGAGUGCUCCUGAUGGCCGUCUACCAUCUCCAGACCACGACCUAGCCUCCCAGUUCUUUGGGGGGCACUGA